UGCCUACCUCUCGCCUUCCAAGCAGACACAUCAGCGAUCCAAGUCGGACGCCACGCAUUGCACAAGCCUGGGGAGUAGCCUCAGGAGAACAGCCAGCAACCCCAAGGUGGAAAGCGGCUACGAUGAGCCGUUGCGCCUGACGCUGCAGAGGGAGUUCAUCAAGUCUCUGAUGGGCAUCGGAAAGCGGCUGGCCACGCUGCCCACCAAGGAGCAGAAGACCUGGCAGCUCAUCUCAGAGCUGUCACAGCUCAACCACAAGCUGCCAGCCCGCGUCUGGCUGCCCACUGCAGCCUUCGACCACCACGUGGUGCGCAUUCCCCACACACAGGCCGUGGUGCUCAACUCCAAAGAUAAGGCCCCGUACAUCAUCUACGUGGAGGUGCUGGAGUGCGAGAGGUUCGAGACGUCCGGCAUUCCCCUGCGCAUCCCGGAGACAUGCAUCCGCAGCGCCCGCUCUGUGGACAACCUCCUCCCGGAGUGCGUUGGCAUCACAGCCGAGCAGCGCGCCGGCAGUUUCUCCACCGUGCCCAACUACGACAACGACGACGAGGCCUGGGCCGUGGAUGACAUCGGCAAGUUGGAAGUGGAGCUCCCAGAAGGCCACACCAGUAGCAGUGACAACAUCUCCCAGUUCUCUGUGGACAGCAUCACCAGCACGGAGAGCAAGGAGCCCGUCUUCAUCGCCGUGGCGCUCAAGGAGCCCUGGCAGGAGAAAGUCAGGCGGAUAAGGGAGGGCUCCCCUUACGGUCACCUGCCAAACUGGCGGCUGCUGUCGGUCAUCGUGAAGUGUGGGGGACGACCUGAGGCAAGAGCUACUGGCCUUCCAGGUGCUCAGCCAGCUACAGGCUGCACAAUUCUGAUCUUAUUGGGCAGAAGACACAAUGGAAACAUCCUCCUGGACUCGGAGGGCCACAUAAUCCACAUUGACUUUGGCUUCAUCCUGUCCAGCUCGCCCAGGAACCUGGGCUUUGAGACCUCCGCUUUUAAGCUCACCAGCGAAUUUGUGGAUGUGAUGGGAGGCCUGGAUGGAGACAUGUUCAACUACUACAAGAUGCUGAUGCUCCAGGGCCUGAUAGCUGCUCGCAAACACAUGGAGAAGGUGGUCCAAAUAGUGGAGAUCAUGCAGCAAGGCUCUCACCUACCCUGCUUCCAUGGCUCCAGCACCAUCCGCUACCUGAAGGAACGUUUCCACAUGAGCCUGACGGAGGAGCAGCUACAGGUGCUGGUGGAGCAGAUGGUGGAUGGCUCCAUGCGCUCCAUCACCACCAAGCUUUACGACGGCUUCCAGUACUUCACCAACGGCAUCAUGUGAACAGUUCGACACCAAACUCUACUACAUGGGACAACCACAUGGGAGAGCAAGCAAACAUACAUAUAAAGAUGGUGGUGAACAUGUGCAUAUGGACUCACGCAUGUGUGCUUGCCAUAGCAGCACAUUUAGGAAAAUGGACUUGUGUAUAGACUAGUGCUACAGGACCUGUUUGCAAACUCGGUAUGUUCUUUGUCUUAGACGGACCACUGUUUACCCCCUCCUUGUUUUGGCCUUGUGGAGGGGGAGUCCGCACCUCCUCUCCCUCUUGUCCUCCUAUCCAUAGGACAUUUACCGCAUUGACUGUUCUAAAACGAGGCAUAACGCACAGUUCAAAUCACACACGAAAAGGAUAAGUAUCAAUAUCGGAGAAGGUACUUCAUUGAAAAGGGGAGGGGCAAUGUGGUAGUGGUCUAUAUUCAGAGGAGCCAAGAAGACUUUUCUCAGAAUGGAUGAAAAAUGAAUAACUGUAGAUCAAUUGUGCAAGAGCAU